AUUUUAAAAAUAUUUUUUGAUAAUUUGUUAGACUGUUUAGGUGAAAGUUAAACAAUUAAUUAAACAUUCCAAUGGAUUCCUUGAUUGAACCGUUGGUCGCCUGCUCGUCAUCAGAAUCACCUCCAUCUCCAUCAUCAACGUCUGCCAAUGACGUAACCACAGCAGCCACCAAAAGAGAAUCAACGUCAUCAACUGCGUCGGCUUACUCGUCAGUUAACUCGUCGUCGCUUGAACCGUCAGACUCAUCGUCCUACUUAUCCUCAUCUUCAGCGGCAUCGCAAGCCACAACAACGACGUCAUCUUACGCUAAAAAACGAGACCAAAUUGUCGAGAAAUUUCGCCAAAAUUACCCGGAAAGGUUUCUAAAGUUAGUCACCAUGCAUUUGAGUUUCCUAAUGAACCUACAAGAUGACGGCUUGGAGGAGUUACUCGAGGGCCAGAAUGAAAGUAGCAAGAACACUCCCGCGCAAAAUCAAAAUGGGGGAGAAAAACUCGUGAAAUUCUUCACCAUAAAGAGAAAAACUACCAAAGACGACAAACCGUCGAAAUUAUUUGGUGGAAACCUAACUACAGAAGCAAUUAGGAGAAUUCUGCCACUAAUCAACUACCUAUCGGAGGAUGAACACUGCCAGCGUGAGGGAAUAUUCAGGAUCUCCGGAAAUUCGGAACGCCAGAAAGAACUGCGCGAGCUACUAAACAGCGCGCCACAAGAAGCCACAGAAGGAAGAGAAGCAGACGCCAGACACGAUUUUUUGACAGACAUUUCCACAACAAGAUUCACAGUAAACGACGUCGCGACUACUUUUAAGUCGUUUCUAGGCGAGCUUCCGGAGCCACUUAUGUCGAGCCGAUACUACAAUUCCUAUCUUCAAAUUGCUGCCAUGAGAGAUUCAGUCAAACAACUACAGUGUCUACAAUUGUUGCGGUUUUUGUUGCCGAACGAGAACGCAACAAUGUUAAGGCUGCUGUUGGAUUUGUUGAAUAAGGUAGCAGCGUUUUGGCAGCUGAAUAAGAUGUCCGCCGAUAAUCUAGCUAUCAUCUUUACCCAACAUCUUUUCAUAUCUAAAAAGCUCCCGGUGUCACAGCUUAAAGAGGCUACAGACACCCUGAAACCACUGGUCGUCCUCAUGAUCAGCAACAACCGCAGCCUCACCAGCCACAACAACUGCCCCGAACAACUCGUUCAUGACGUCAUUAGGAGUGCUAAUGACGUCAGUAGGCGGAGGAAGGAAACUGAAAGCGAAAGUGCCGAGGUGGAAAGUUCAGGAUUGAAGAAAGGCAAAAAAUUUUCCAAAACGUCAAAUAAAAAGAAUAAAAGCAAGAAAAAAGAUGUCAAACAGAAUGAUGACGACGACGACGACGAUGGCGUCAUCAAUUCAAUCUACACAUUUAGCGAUAGGGAAGCAUCCAGACUGGCCGCCCAAAAUGAUUGCACUAAGAAGGCUUUAGAGGAUUUAUACAGUACUAUAUACACGAUGACCGAGUCAGCUAAGAAAAGAAGAUAUGUAAAAAAUAUAAAUAAGAACGACCAACUGACGACAAUAGCGACACCUACUUCUAGAAGUUUUUACGGCAGCCACAACAGCCGCAGAUCUGGAGUGUCAUUAUUGAAGGUUAUGAGUGAACGUAGAAAUGGACCAUACAACUGCCUACCUCACCAACUCAACAAAUACCAACAACCAACCAACACGCCCGGCAAACAAAAUCCAACAGUCUAUACAAACAACAAUAACACAAGCAACAAUUACACAAGCAACAACAACAAAUACAACGACAGCGAGUUACAUUCGAGAACUCCCAUCUCAACAUAUUCACCACAUCUGCCAGUGUUAAGAUUAUUUCAAGCUGGCAGUAACGACACCAUCGGCAGAAACGUCGACCACAGCAGCGACAUCUACGAUUCUCCUGCCAUUGAAUGCAUUCCAAUUAAUCUGUCCAUCAAUUUCGACGCUGCAACUGAAACAACUCCCCAUCAACAACUACAACUACAACAUCAAAAAUCUCAUCAAUUGGAAAAUAUGUCAAAGUUAAAUGAUAACAAAGAUGACGAUGAUGAGGGAGACGACGAUGACGUCAUUGCAAGCAUGGAGGAAUCUACUUCCUGUAAAAAGAGCAGCAAUAAUGACUCGACUAUAGUCUACGAUUCGGACGACGAUGUUGAUAAUGGUGAUGAUGAUGGUGAUAACAACAACAACAACAGCAGCAUCAACAACAACAAAAACAACAACAACAAUAAUAAUAAUAAUGAUAAUAAUAAAAAUAGUGACGAUGAUGAUGAGGAAAAGGAAAAUUUUUCACCGAGAAAACUUAGAGGGUACAUUUCGCCAUUGAAUUACCUCCCGAAUUUUUAUAACAAGUUCACCCUUCCAUGUGCUUCUCCGUAAAUGAUGGAAGGAUGAAAAAAGAGAGAGAGAGAGAAAGAGAGAGGGAGAGAAAGAAAGGACAAAGUUGAGUGAAUGAAUGAAUAAAUGAGAGAAACGAAAGUGAAACGCCUGAUUGAAGAAAAAUGUGAUCCAUUGAAAAGAUAUUCAAAGUAAUUGUUGAAUUAGGUUUUACAAUUGGAAUGUUUAAAGGCAGUCUAACGGAUUUCAGGCUGACUGGAGCUUCAUUGAUAUUCCCUUGUAAAUAUCUACCUAAUGUAUAUUAACUUGUAUUUUAUCCAUUAUAAAUUUAAAGAAUUAUUUAUAUUUUCGAAUUAAAACAUUCAAUGCUGACGUUGUGUAAAACCGAUCGUUCUGAAUUCAAAAUUUUUAUAAGGGUAAAUUUUAGUUCUAUUUAGAUUAUGAUUAUAUAUAUAUAUACAUUAUAAUAUAUAUAUAUAUAUAUAUAUACAUUAUAAUAUAUAUAUAUAUAUAAAAAUAUGUGUUUUGCUGUUUAUAAUAUUAAUUAUUUUGCAUUUGUAAACAUUUCGUUAUUAACUCGUUGAUGGAUGAAUAUUUUUUCCAAUUCCAAAAUUUUUUUUUCUUGAAUAAAUAUAUCCAUGACAGUAUUUCAUUGUCUGUUACUUUAUGAUUUGAUUUGAGUUUAUGAUUUAAUAAAAUUAAUAAUGAUA